AUGGCAUUCGCUGCAAUCAAUUCUGCCAGCGUGCCUAUCGCUGCGAUCGAGGAGGCAUUUGCGACAGAGCCCUCGCUAAAGAAACGAGUCUACGAUGCGAUCGGCAGCACGCCACAGCACACGCCUUUGUUUGAGGAUCUCGCCCGAUAUACCUGUACCCUGCUGGCCAGGACUGCGAACACUGCUUCCCUGCCGCUCGUGCCGCCGCCGAGCGAUGGCCCGGCUGCAAAGAAGCGCAAGAUACAAAAUGGGGACUCUGGGGAGACGGCGCAGGCGUCGGUUGAUGUGAAAGGAGUCGAUGACGCAGUACAAUUCUACGUGCAAGACGUUUCGUUUGCGAUGCCGCAACGCAAGAAGCUCACACUCGAAGUCACUGCCGGGCGCAGGUACCUUCGUGCGAGAAACCAGACUACAAAGGAGGUGGAAUUUGGGGUUCCCAUGGAUCGAAUUCGCCACGCCUUGUGCCUCCCUGUGCCGGAGAAGACCCAGAAGCAAUUUAACUUCUGCAUCAUUCCCGAGUACGCCGAUGGAAUUACACCACCACCUGAGGGAACAACGCCGCUUGAAGCCAUGGUCUUUACUGUGGCUGAUGGCCCGGCCAAGGCAGCCUUCACCGGGUCAGGACAACAGAUUGGCAACAACGCCGGCGAAACAGCCGAGGGGCUGAUCCGAAAGAUCUUGAAUGAAAACUUGACUACUACCAAUGUUGUGCGACCCGAUGAAAGGGAGUUUGUUAGCGCUAUGCCCGAGGCGCACCGCAAGGGCGAGAAAGCGUAUCACGUCAAGGCUUUCCGGGGAAGCAAAGAAGGCUAUUUAUUCUUGCUUUCGACUGGCAUUCUAUUCGCGUUCAAGAAGCCGCUUCUAUUCUUUUCCUUUGACACUAUCGAAUCUGUCUCGUACACUUCUGUGCUGCAGCGCACCUUUAACCUCAAUAUUCUUGCUCGUCCCAGUGGAGGUUCUGAAGAAGAUACGAUGGAACUCGAAUUCUCGAUGAUCGACCAGGCUGAUUUCAGCGGCAUCGAUCACUAUAUCAAACGCCACGGGCUUCAAGAUGCCAGUCUGGCGGAGGCGCGUCGCGCCAAGGUAUACAAUGUCAAUGGCGCCCAGAAGAACGAGGAGGGCGCUGCUCCUGAGGGCACAGCCGGUGAAGACGAGAGUGAACUGCAGAAAGCUCAACGGGAAUUGGAAGACCAGGAGGAUGAGGAGGAAGAGGACUAUGACCCGGGCAGCGAGGGUGAAAGUGAAGGCAGCGGGUCCAGCAGCGACGAAGAUGACGACGAGGACGAGUUCCACGAGGAUGCGGACGAGGUCAGCGAUGGCGACGAGGAUCUUGUCCAACAGGAGCUCGGCAGUGAAGCCGAGGAUGUGCCCGACGACGAAUAG